AUGGGCGCCUUGCUGGCCGGUUUUAUCGUGGCCGCAAUUCUUGGCGAGGUCAGUGCCGUGGCCGUCAAUCAGUGCAACUUGGGCAACAAGUUGUACAGUAUCGAGAAUGGAGGCGUAGGUUUUACCUUGUCGGAAUUUUUAGUCAAAGAUUUUUAAUUUUUUUUAAAUAAAAAAGCAUAAGGCGAAUAUUUAAAUGUAAAUUUCAGACUGUCUGCGCUCCAUUAGCCCCAUAUCAAUGUAUCACAAGUUGCCAGUGGAAUACCAGUUGCUCACACACCGCCCAUUCCUUGGCUUUCCAAGGUCGCCGUACAUUUGUGGCUGGGAUGAUCCUCACUCCCGAGAACUUCCUUCUUCUCUGUUGUGCUACCUUUGCCAAUGUUGUUCAACAGAGUGAGUUCCAACUUAUACACUAUGGUCAAUUCAGUUCAUCAAUGUCCCCAAUUCUAAUUUCAGAUCAACGCUUGGAGAACCGAUGUGUUUGGGUUCCCCCAAUUCAGACCAUCGAAAAUGGCCCAAGCAUUAGAUUCGAUCCUCCAUUGAGUCAGAAUGAAUACGUCAGAGACAUGGCAAUCCAGAGAAUGGACAGGGGAAAAGUCGAAGUCAGAGUUCAGAUUUGCAAAUUCAUGACGCAACGAACAAACUGUGACGAAAACGUGAGUUUGCAGUUGAAAACAUUUACAAAAUUGAAAUCAAUUUGCAUAAUCAACAUUCUAUUGACCAAGAGUUCAAUAAUUUUCAGACAAUGCCACCAGACGACCAACAACUCUUCAAUCUACUCCAACUCCGACUUUCUAGAACCGAAAUGUUCUUGAAAGAUCACAACGGAACCACCAACCCAAAAGACUUUUUCCACGUUCCCGGAGGUCUUGAAGAAAUCCCAACUCCAACUCAAGACUCAUUCAGAGAUGAAGUUGUCGGUGGAGAGUUGGAUGAAGCCAGAGUUGGUCCUCCAAUCACUCACAGACUUUCCAGCCAACUCCAGAAUCGUCGGAACGACAUUCCACAAGUCCGGGAAGCUCCUUUAGUUGCUCGAAACAUUGUGAGGCAACCAAAUGCGUUGAGAACGCCUCGUGCUAAUGGUAAAACUUAAUUUGGAUCGAAAGAUUUGGAGAUUCAGAAAAUUCUGUAGCCGAAAUAGAAUUACCUCUGAAUCUCCAAAUGCCUUUAAAUGCUCCAGAAACUUAUGUGUUCAAUGUCAGACCUUGUGUUUGUAUUGUGUGUAUCUUUGUUUAACUUAUUUUGUAGCCAAUUCUCUACGUACUUCGACAGACCGUUUCCGUCGCCACGAGUUCGAAGAGGAAUCUGAGGCCGAAACGCGAGUCCCUAAGGCUCGUCUUCCCGUUGUCUUCCCAAUCUCAACGAAUGACCGAGUUGACCUUGGGCAGUCAACUGUCCUAAACGGCGGCAGUGGAGUUCAACCGACCUCCGUCAUUUCUCGACAAGGAAGUCGACCGAGUUAUCGGAACUUAGCACCCAGUGCUACGGUUCCAUUUGUCCCACAACGGCUUCGGACAGCCUUUGGAGUACCUCAAAGGAUCAACACGCGGCUAAACGGAAUCACAAAUACUCGACAAGAUAUUACACAUGCCGACAGUGAUCAUGAAAGAGAAAGUGGGAUCUCAAGUUCAAGAGCCAACCAAUUCAGUGAGCCAAGUGGGCUGACUUUCGCUGGAAACAAGCCUGAACCUGAGAGGGCACUAUUGUCAACGAAUCUUACUCGGGCAACCGUCAGAUCAAAACAUCUUGCCAGAACUGUUUCCAAUUCUCCCAGCUAUCCUCGGCAAUCAAAUGACGAUCAAUUUGAAGAACGCCCAAUCAAAUCGAGCUUAUCAAUUCGAAAGCUUCACCUCGGAAAUGUCCAUAAACUUGGAGGGUUUGCUCAUGCCACGUCUUACGGAGGAUCCUUUGCCACCUCGUCAGAACAAGCAUUACCUCCUGCUCGGAACCUUCGGACCUUCAACAAUCUCAGUCCAGUCCGUCCUGUCGCCAAGACUUUGACCGGCCUAGCUCCAACCGCUUCUUCGCAUCUCCCGCCCGCGCCGAAAGCUCGAGGUCCAGUUCAAAAUCGGAUAUUCUCGAUCGAAGAUGUACAACCUCAGCCAAUCCAACCACAAGUCCCUCCACAAUCUAUCCAGCCGGUUCCUCAAACUCAAAAUCAUUUCUACAACAACUCCGUUUAUCGACAAGUCGGGUUUUCGAAUACGAUUGCAACAGUGGCUCCACCGACUCCUCAGCCGCUUCCUCAGCCUCCGAUCGCCACUCAUCCGAUCCAUUUGAAUCCCGCUUAUCAACAACAACUUCUGGAGGCCCGACGAGAACAUGAAUAUCUCGCGCAGCAACAGCAAAAGGAGACUAGCCUGAGGGGAUUAUUACAAUGUUGUCAAGACCAGGCGCCUGGAUGUAGGCAUCUUUGUUCGCCCGAAGUUAGCAAAGAAGAGGUAGCGUUUUAUCGAUAGAAACACUCACAUUACCUCGCUGCACAAUGGUUAUGGGAAAAUAAUACACUUGCACUCGGAUAUUAAUCAGGUUUAUAAGACGGUGAAGGUAUUUGUUGAGGACUCACAGCCUAUCCUAAGUUGUUAUAUGAGCGAAAAACGAUGGCAUAUGGCAAUGCAUGGAACUGUCUAAUGAAACUCGUCUUGACGGUGGCUUCUUUGUUUUACUCAUCCUGCUUGAAAUUACAAAUUUCAAGAAUUAUUUUAUGCUGCACAUAACUUGCUUUGACUUAUCACUGUCCUUCUAAGCUUGCUAAUUCUAACCACCCACUUAUUACAAUGUAUCGCAAGUCCCAACAUACUCUAAUCUCUCUCCAAUUUCAGAUAAGACGAGCCAUUCAAACGAACGAGUGUCCGCCCCUCACCAUGACCAGCGUUCUUCAGUGUUUCCCACGCUUCUACAACAUUAGCACGGUCGGGCAGUGUUGUAAUCAAGCCGUAAAUGGUCAAGGCUCGGCGAAUCAACAGCAGGCCGUCCAGAGUGUGGUCGGGUUUUUGGUGGGACAGGGUGCACCCCGUCUCCCGGGACAAUGUCAAAGUUUGUGCGCGCCCAAUUUCAAGUUGUCAUUCUCUCAUUUCGCCUGUGUAGAUCAUAUCAAUACGAUCGUCGACUGUUAUCGAGACUUAAUUCGACGAUAA